GACAAGGAAGUGUCCUAACUCUGUAUAGUAAUUGUACAGAACCACCGGCUCUCACCGAAAACUUCUCUUUCAUUAUUUAUUGCAAUAUCCAGUGACCAAGCAGCUGCAGCAUCACAAGAAUAGAGCGACACCAUGAGCGAAGCCAAAGAGAACCCCUCACCGGACACCACGCAAGCAUCACCUGCCAAUGCCACCGAGACCGAAGGCCAGCAUGACACCAAGGCUGCCAAGGCCUUCUAUGACAGCGUUGCACCCAAGAAGAAACCUAAACUGCCCAAGCCCCAAAAUGCGAUAACCAUCGCGGUAUCAUCCCGGGUUCUGUUCAACAUGGUUCAGGAGAGGAACAUGUAUGAAGAAGAAGGGGUGGAGAAGUACGUGAUCUACCAACAGGAACACGAAGAGGAACCUCUCAAGCCUGGGCCUGCGUUUCCUUUCGUGAAGGCCGUGGAAGAGGUUAACAAGCACUUGAGGUUGCUUUAUCCAGAAAGUGAAGAGCUCUUUGAUAUUGUCCUGAUGACCAAUAACCAUGCCCAGGUCGGUGUCCGACUCAUAAACAGUAUCAAUCACUAUGGCCUGAACAUUGAACGAUUCUGCAUGACCGGAGGGAAGAGCCCGAUCGGGUACCUUAAGGCGUACCUUACCAACCUGUACCUAUCGUCAGAUUCAGAGAAGGUACAAGAGGCCAUUCAGGAAGGAAUUGCAGCUGCCACCAUGUUUAUUUCCAAGCGAGACAUUGUUCUGCCAGAGAAGGAGCUACGAGUGGCUUUUGAUGGGGACGCUGUCCUGUUCUCUGAUGAGUCCGAACAGAUUGUUAAAGAAAGGGGUUUGGACUCUUUCUUUGAACAUGAAAAACAAUUUGAGAACAAGCCACUGGCACAGGGUCCAUUGAAAUGCUUUCUAGAAGCAUUAGGAAAGCUCCAGAGGAAGUUUUAUGCUAAGGAUGCCCGUCUGAAAUGCCCCAUAAGAACCUACCUUGUGACUGCUAGAAGUGCUGCCAGCUCCGGUGCCCGAGCCCUGAAGACCUUGCGUGCCUGGGGUCUGGAGGUAGAUGAAGCGCUCUUCCUUGCAGGGGCACCAAAAGGACCAAUUUUAGACAAGAUUCGACCUCAUCUUUUCUUUGAUGACCAGAUGUUUCACAUAGAAGGUGCCCAAGAGCUGGGUACAAUUGCAGCUCAUGUUCCUUACGGGAUCGGUCAGAAGUACCACAAAUCAACCUUAAAGGAACCAGAAAAGAAGUAGAAAUACUAUCUUCUAUUUAGGAACAGGAACUUGUAUGUACAUAAUUUUGGUGGUUUCUAGAGGUCUUUAGGAGUAAACAAAUGAUCUCAAUGCACUGUUAGAGUCAUGUAACAAAUUGGUCAUUUUGUAGGGGUUUACUCCUUGGCUUUUUUAUAUAGUAGGAGGGAGGAAGAACCACAAUCAAUUGAUCAAAUAUUAACAAAAAGGUUUCACUGUGGCCCCAUUAUGGCUCAAUCAUUGGAUCAGAUGGAAGAAUUAGGUCCCUUAUGGCCAUUACAGUGGUCCCUCAACAUACGAUGGUAAUCCGUUCCAAAUGAACCAUCGUUUGUUGAAACCAUCGUAUGUUGAGGGAUCCGUGCAAUGUAAAGUAUAGGACAGUGGUCUACAACCUGCGGACCUCCAGAUGUUGCAAAACUACAACACCCAGCAUGCCCGGACAGCCGUUGGCUGUCCGGGCAUGCUGGGAGUUGUCGUUUUGCAACAUCUGGAGGUCUGCAGGUUGAAGACCACUGUUAUUGGAGGUUGUACUCACCUGUCCCCGCAGCUCCGGACCGUCACCGCGGCCCCGGAUGUUGCCUUCCAUCGCUGUCGCCGUGUCCCCGGGGUGUCCCCUACGCUCCGGCAAGGCCUCUGCUUCCCCGGCAUCCUCGCUCUCCGUCGCCACCAUUACGUUGUUACGCAAGCCACUCCUAUUGGAUGACGGGACGGCAUGCGCAGCGACGUUAUGACGACGAUGGAGAGCACCGACGAUGGAGGGGAUCCCAAAGAGGACGCGCCGGAGCCCCGAGGACAGGUAAGUGAUCGUCAGCGGACCACACGGGGCCCCGUAAACGGCUAUCUGGUGGCAGCUGAAGCAGUCAGCGCUGCCGGAUAGCCGUUUAUGCGAUGGCCCCGCCAUACAAAAGCAUCGUAGGUUGAUGCUACCUUCAACAUGCGAUGGCCUCUGAGAGGCCAUCGUAUGUUGAAAUGAUCGUAUGUCGGGGCCAUCGUAGGUUGGAGGGUCACUGUAUUUUGAAUAGCCACAGAUGGUAAAAACUCAAUUCCAUUGUUUUUAAGGGGAAAUAACCUAUGCAUUAAAACAUAAAAGCAACGAGCCAUGAUUGAUUAUUGGUUGGUCCACAACAUCGCUGUAUAAUAACCGAAAAGUUGAGGUAACCUCAGACCUGCAUGCUGUCUUGGUCAGCCAUUGCAGGGAUUGGUUUCCAAAAGUAUGUCCAUUGUCUAAAAGAAUGGGGAGGUUGGAUACAACUGAUUUAACAGGGCCUUCUUAUACUGUAUGUCUACAUGUGUCAUAUGUCUACAAUGGAUAAGCAUUUGAGGAGAUAGACAGUGGUGUCUACAAGUAUAAAGACCUAAGGUAUUUUGGGAAGCCCUGGUGGUAAAAUGCUGAUUAUUGAAAAAUAUAUUUUUUAGUUUUUAAUUAUAUGACUAAACUUUUGGUGGAAGUUCUCCUUGUAAUGUGAGCCUUCUAUAUAUUCAGGUAACAUUAGUGCCUUCAACUAACCACAACCAUUUUGUGUAUUCCCAUACGGUCACCUCCAUUCACCUCCAGAAUGAUGGGCCACCCUGGGUGGUUUGGGAAGCAAAAAAAUGGGAAAUGGUGUAGUACUAUGAACUACGCUGUUUUUAUAGCACGCAUAAGCAAAUAAUGGGGGUAAGGGGGGGGGGGGGUUGUUGUAAAAUUAGAAAGGCUUUCCUACUUAGUUUAGUAUGAACAAAAUGCCAGUUAUGAAGAGGCAGUAGCCUCUUAAUAAUUUUGGUGCCUCUUACUGAAACACCAAUUUAAUGAACUUUCCCCAAAUGUGUGAUGGUGGAUUGCUUCAAAUAAUUUACUUCAAAAAGUUUUUGUGCUUCUUGUACAUUGAGAUUUUGUUGGGUAAAAAACGACUUACUGCACUGAGGGGCUGUUUAAUAGGAUCACUCAUGGGUAAAAAUCAGGUAAUCCUUGUUAUCUACUAACAUAUUAUUUCUUAUAUUAUGGCUUGUAGAUUAGAUUGUUAUAGAUUCAGGGAUAAAUACACUAAAGUGUUAUAAUAUAAUAUUUGCUAGAUUCCACAGUCAUGUCUUCAAAAGGUAACACACAUCUUUAAAAUUUGUUUGACCAACAGCCAUCUCUCGCUUUUCUACAUUUGGCACAUGUUUUUGUUAAAGGGGUACUCCGCUGCUCAGCAUUUGGAACAAACAGUUC